ACCCACCGACGAGCAGAUCGCUAGGGAGAAGGGUGAACGAUAGACCGCUUGGGACUCGCCCUACGUUUCGGUAGCUCGGCCGCGUGUGCGAGAAAGGGAACUCGCGUCAUCUCGCGCCGGCAGCCUCGAAAAGGUGGGAGCAAUCGGCUCGACGCGCAAGCAACUCCCUCCCAUCGAUCAAACAGAGCGCGCCGUUAGGUAGUAUGAGUGUGGCGCGGAAUCGCAGUCGACCGCCGAGUAGUGUUUUUGUUUUCUCGCCCAUGGCCAACCAGUUCCUUGGGAAUACUUUCGGCAAACGGUCGCGGUCGCCGCGAACGCAUUACCGGUCCGCUUUGCUCCGGAAAACGUGAUCUGAAAUAACUCACGAUCGGUGCGCCGAUUCCCCGUCGCAACUUGGGGAGCGCGUCCAGAUUUCACCGACGAAAGAUUUCUAUGCGCGAGUUUUCCAAUUCCGCUUGCGCUCAAGCUCUCGUGCGACCGGAGGACCGACGGUACAUCGUGUGCGUGUGUCUGUGUUUGUGAUCUUCUCCUGGUUUGAGCAAAAAGCGUGAUUGCGUGAAUUAUUGUCGCCAAAGGAUCUUUCCAUGUUUUUACCAAAAAGUGUGUCGUUAGUGCAAACCGAAAGUUCCUGUUUAGUUGUAGCGAGCAGUUCUCGUGUAAUAAAAUCCAUCGUCGAAACGCGUCGAUCUCCUACUACUGAGGCGCGUGCGUUAGCGCUGUUUCAAUCAUUGGCGUCGUUCCAGCUCCAGUCGAGUCCUGACGAGUCGUUCUGGCGCUUGCGUAGCUCCAUCAAUCGCCCAGUGGUUCACCCAGAAGAGGAAGAAGAACAAGUGUUGUUGCCACCCAGCUUUACGCGCCGCUGCCCCUUCCGAUGGGCGUGUAGUUCUUAACAGCAGCACGAGCACGUUGAUUGCCGCCUUAAUGAUAGUGUUUGGCGGAGGCAAUUUUGUUGUUUAUGUUAAUUAAUUUAAUUUCAUCAAAGACCGAUCUCGCCAGUGGAACAGAUGCAGAAAAAAGUGUCUCGAGCCACUUUCAUCCGCCGUGCAAGUGUGAUUCUACGUUGUCUGAGCGCAUCCCGCGACUAUUGCGCUGAUCGUUGACAGGCUGUACAGAAGUGCAUUACGCUGUGCAUUAAUGCGUGCCGACGAUGACAGAUGAUGGUGUUUAGUGUAGCUGAUAAUAGCAUCCUUGCAUCCUCGGUACUACUGCGCUAAUGAAAAUAAUGUCCUACGAUCGCUUUUUGGGUGUUUACAAUGGUGGGCAUGUUCUCGAAAGGAAGUACGUGUAGAUACUGAAGCCAAAAAUGUAGUUUCGCAUGUUACACAAUUGAAAGAAGCAGAGUGUGCAGAUGAAACGCGUGUGAUAAAUCAAACCGAACUGUAACUGUGUGCUACAGAGCAAAAGUGUGUGAAAUAAAGUUAGUAAAAUCGACUGCACAAUAGAGCAUCAUGGAUAUGUCAGGCUCCAAUUCCUUAAACAUGAGACCUCUGUUUAGCGGGUAUCCCUUUCAAGGUCAAGGACGUGUGAACCAGCUGGGGGGUGUCUUUAUCAAUGGGCGACCGUUGCCGAACCACAUUCGGCUGAAAAUCGUCGAGAUGGCCGCAUCAGGGGUGAGGCCCUGCGUGAUUUCACGCCAGCUGCGCGUUUCCCAUGGAUGUGUGUCAAAAAUCCUAAACCGCUACCAAGAAACCGGUUCGAUUCGUCCCGGCGUAAUAGGUGGCUCAAAGCCGAAGGUAGCGACACCGGAAGUGGAGGCCCGAAUCGAGGAGAUGAAGAAGAUGAAUCCGGGAAUUUUUAGCUGGGAAAUACGAGAAAAGUUGAUUAAGACGGCCGGCUCGGACGACCCCAGCGAUAAUAGACAUUCUGGUCAACUAUGUGGACCUGAUGUGGGCUACCGGCAGGAAGGAGUAACGGAUCCACCGAGCGUUUCUUCAAUCAGCCGAUUGCUGCGCGGUGGUGGCAUUGAGCCUGGGCGGAAAGAUGACGAUGGCCGGAAGGACUACAGCAUACACGGUAUUCUGGGAGGACGCGGAUCGGACUCGAGUGACACCGAAUCGGAACCGGGCAUACUGUUGAAGCGGAAACAGCGUCGAUCGAGGACCACCUUCACGGGUGAGCAGCUGGAGGCGCUGGAAAAGGCGUUCCAGCGCACGCAGUAUCCGGAUGUGUACACACGCGAAGAGCUGGCGUCCACCACCAACCUGACCGAAGCCCGCAUACAGGUGUGGUUUAGCAAUCGGCGCGCACGGCUACGCAAGCACGCCGGAGCACAGAUGUCCACGCCGCUCAGCAGCUUGGGUACGCUGCCCAUGUCCCAGUAUCACCCCGGCGUGGCGUCCAACGAUUCCUACCAAAUGGCGGCAGCAGCCAACUAUGAGUUUGUUGCGCAAAACCCUUCGUCGUUUUUGUCCGGCCACUUCGGUCAGCACCACGGUCAUUUUGGGGGGCAAAACUUUUCCACCAACCACAUGGGCUUCCACCAAAACAAUCAAGAAUUCCUUCCCCCGGAGUACACCAAAAUGAUGAGCGAGGAGUACAUUAAGCCGGCGCAUGAGAAUUCCAUCAAGCUAAGCCCUUCUGCUACGCAGGCCGAAAAUUACGCCAAAAUACCGCCUGCAGCAGCAGCACCACCGGCAGCAGCGCCCAUCGUAACGCAGGAAACGCCCUGGAGCCAAUCCUAUCCGCCUCACCAUCCGGGUCAGGCGUACGCCACCAAUUUGGUCGGCUGUCCGCCACCCGUCACAACUGCUACCGCGGCAGAAUAUCAUUCGAUGCAACAGGCGGCCACAUCCUAUCCCAACAAAUACUGGUCCUGAUCGGUUAUCGUGAUAUUUAGGUACUCGCUCGCGCACGCUCGCAUUGCAAUACGUUUUUGGGAAUGCAUUACUACACGCUAAAGCACCGCCGUCUAAAGAUGCUGAUAUUGGAUAGACUGCAAAACACGAGGAAGCUUCUUCUCGCGACGAAAAAGACUCUACAGGCGCAUUAGCACUAGCGCAGCUUAGCAUUCAAAGUGAUUACGCACCCCGCUAGGCUCUCUAGGAUGUAACUAGAUGCGUAAGGCAACUUUUAUAUUUAUUUUGCUUGUAGCAUAACGUUUUAGCGUAACAGAGGGCAGUGUUGGAUGUGUUUCGUGCUGCUUUAAUUCGUAGGUAACAAUUUAGCGUUAAAUAAUCGAUACUUUAUUUAGAUGCGUAAGCACACACAUUUCAUGAUACAAAACAUUGUCAAAUAAAUCCUUUGCUAUGCACCUGCUACGUUCGGCUGAUCAU